AGCUCAAUGUAACGGAACUACUAGAAGCACCACGAACUCCACACCUAAGACUCAAGAGGAAAAACAUCGUUUCACCUUCUCUAAUCUUGUCAGUACGAGAAUACUCGACGCCAAAGACCGCAUUCGCUCACACGCACCCCCUACACACAGUUUAUCGCGUCUUCGCCAUGGACACGUCAUCAUCAUCAUCACCCCAACCACCAGCAAUAGCAGCGUCUUCUGCCUCUGCGAGCCCCAGCAGCAGUCCUGCGCUGACCCCGGAGGAAUGGAAAGAGUUCAACGACCUGCGACGACAAAAUCAACUUUUGAAAGCCGAGAAUGCGAUGCUGCAGCGCAAGCUAGAAGAGGAGCGCUCGCACCGCCUGCAGUGGCAGAGCGAGGGCGACCACAACACCGCAGAGGCAGCGAUGUGCUGCGAAUCGAUUGAGAAGAUGGACAAGGACGCGCAGGUGCUCGCGCUCUACGCGGAGCUGCAUCGUCUGCGGGAGAAGUGCGACGUGUACGCAGAGGCGGUCGAGGAGUCGCGCAGUUACUUCUUCGAGAUGAAGCGGUUAUACACGGAGGUGGAGCCGCAUCUGCGCUCUUCCGGUGUCCCGCCUGCCACGUCGAGCGCAUGA